AUGGCGCAUUUUGGUAUGCAUAUUGAAGAGUUCACGAAGGAGAAAUUUGACCACAAGAAACGGCGACUGUGCUGCCUUGCACAUAUUGUUAACCUCACUACACAGGCAUUGCUCACGGCCCACAGCAAAUCCGAGCAUUUUGACCCAACAAAGCCAGACACGGUUCUUUUUGCCUCUCAUGGAAUCCAGCGUGAUGAGGUUGGAUUAGUUCAUGCUAUAUGUGUCAAGGAACGCUCAUCAGCUCAGUGUAAAGAGCUUUUCAAGAUAAUACAGCUGCGUAAUGAAGACAGUCAUGUACCAAGCAAGGAACACAAGCAACUGUUGAUGGAUAUGAAAAGCAGCUUAAGGAUGUAUGUUUACGUUUUGAUCUAUGUCUUCCACUAUCCGACGUGCAUAUGUAUUGCAGCUGAAGUUGAUGGUAUGGAUGGAAAGCUUGACGAGGAAAGGGAAAGCUGGGAUGUCAUGGUUGAAGAUGGAGACUCAGACGAUAAUGGUUUAGCUAGUGAUAUUGAUGAUUCUGAGGAUGCAGAGAGCACCACCCCGAAGGACCCAUAUCCACUACUAGUUCCACGCCGUCUCACCAUUAGCCAUACUGCACUGACUGAAAAGCAGAAAUAUGACUCACCGCGCACACAAAGAAUACCUGACAGCCGGUCUGGAGGCCAGGCGCAAUACCGUGGGCAUUGGGCACUAGCAGAUAUGGUGUCACUAGCAGCUAUUAAUGCUGUCAAAGCAAGAACGACGUCGAGCAAAAAAUAGGCACGCAUUGUUGUGAGGAUGUGAUAAAGGAUCAAAUAAUUCUGAGUACGGUGUGGAAGACGCCUUCUUUUAUGUGCUGAAUAUCAUUUUCAUGUCCUUUAUCUUAUGGGGCUAAACCCGUAUUCUAUUGGCCCAGCGAAUGCGAGGACUGAUACGCCAACUGAAGGCAGGUAGUUUCUCAUUGCACUGCUUCGCAAUCUAUUCAUUGACACUUUGUUGCGGAGGAGUGACAUCUCCAAGAUGUGUUGUAGUCUUUCCGUUCACCGAAGAGGUUCGACUAUCGAGCAGUUGCGCAACUGAUUUGCGCGUGGUUCAGGCGAACCCUAUAUAUCAUGAAGAUGGACGAUGUUCUAUACACUGAAAUCACCUUUCGAACGAAUGAUAUCCAUAAUGAGUCGACGACAGCCAAUUGGCACCUAAG